CCACGCAGCCUCAGAGGAAAAUAAAUAAAAUAAAAUAAAUAAAGGGGUAACGCGCCCUCACCCAAGGAAAGCUUUCCAGAAGCAACAGGGUUAUGAGACCGUCACUGCAAAGGACACGCUGAAGAAGGAAAGAAUAUCCCAGGAUGACCAAGUCGUACAGCGAGAGCGGGCUGAUGGGGGAACCGCAGCCCCAAGGGCCCCCCAGCUGGACUGACGACUGCCUCAGUUCCCAGGACGAGGAGCACGAGGCGGACAAGAAAGAGGAGGAGCUGGAAGCGAUGCACGCCGAGGCCGAGGUCGACUCGCUGAGGAACGGCGAGGAAGAGGAGGAAGACGACGACCUGGACGAAGAGGAGGAGGAGGAGGAAGAGGAGGAGGAGGAGGAAGAGGAGGAAGACGACGAUCAGAAGCCCAAGCGGCGCGGGCCCAAGAAGAAGAAGAUGACCAAGGCUCGCCUGGAGCGCUUCAAGCUGCGGCGCAUGAAGGCCAACGCCCGCGAGCGGAACCGCAUGCACGGCCUCAACGCGGCGCUGGACAACCUGCGCAAGGUGGUGCCCUGCUACUCCAAGACGCAGAAGCUGUCCAAGAUCGAGACGCUGCGCCUGGCCAAGAACUACAUCUGGGCCCUGUCGGAGAUCCUGCGCUCGGGCAAGAGCCCCGACCUGGUCUCCUUCGUGCAGAGCCUCUGCAAAGGCCUGUCGCAGCCCACCACCAACCUGGUGGCCGGCUGCCUGCAGCUCAACCCGCGGACGUUCCUGCCCGAGCAGAGCCCCGACCUGCCGCCGCACAUGCAGCCGGCCAGCGCGCCUUUCCCGGGCCACCCGUACGCCUACCAGUCGCCGGGGCUGCCGAGCCCGCCCUACGGCACCAUGGACAGCUCCCACCUCUUCCACGUCAAGGCGCCGCACUCGUACGGGGCGGCGCUGGAGCCCUUCUUCGAGAGCGCCCUGGCCGAGUGCGCCAGCCCGGCCUUCGACGGGCCCCUGAGCCCGCCGCUCAGCGUCAACGGCAACUUCUCGUUCAAACACGAACCUUCCGGCGAGUUUGAGAAAAACUACGCCUUCACCAUGCACUAUCCCGCCGCCGGGCUGGCCGGGGCGGCGGCGGCGGCGGCCCACGGAUCCCUCUUCUCCUGCCCGGCCUCGCGCUGCGAGAUCCCCCUCGACAACCUCAUGCCCUACGAGAGCCAUGCCCACCACGAGCGCGUCAUGAGUGCCCAGCUCAAUGCCAUAUUUCACGACUAAGCCCUCCCAGGCGCACCGGCGUCGCUCGGGUGCCCAGGAUGGCAACGAAUCGACGGGGCGUCCAGCGACCGCCUGGCUGAUAAAGGGGGCCGCCAUGGCUGCCGAGUGCAAGGC